AUGACACAAAAUAUCAUUCGUGUACCAACUAGAACAAAAACCAAUUCAUUCAACGGUUCACAGAUGGACUUUAAAUUCCCAUCCAAAGAAACUUUACCAAAUGCCUCAUUAGAAGAAUGCCAAUUGAAUAAUCAUUAUUUGUUGAACGAUUCUCUUUCCUCUAAACACAAUUCGCCUUCAAAACAGCCUCAUUCUUCCAGUUCCAUGUCUUGGAAAGUAAACCAAUCCGAUAUUAAUGAAGAAAUCGAUGAUUUCGAUUCACAUUCACAAAUCUUAUCAGAUUAUUCCAAUCCAACCACAACAAAUACAAAUACAAAUACAAAUAUCGCUACCUCAACUUCUUCCGGGUUUAAUUCUUCCAAUGGGUAUUAUUCAUUUGCCAAUAUUUCAGAUAAUACAACAAAUUAUUUGAAAAAGGAAAAUACAAUGACAAAUAGCAUUGUCAAAUACUCUACAAGAUCCACUACUUCUAUGCAAAAUAAACAUUCCAAUGGGUAUCCAACAACGCUUGCUCCAUCGAAAAAUGAUGCUAUCCCUGAGUCUUCCAAACAUAACUCGACAUUCUCUAUCCCUACUGCCGACAAUAUAUCUUAUCGUAUCAUCUCUACAAGUUCAUCUAUACAAGAUUCGCACUCCAAAAUAAUCCCUAAUGAAGUAUCUAAAGAUACAAUUACACAAUUAAAAUCCAGAUCUAACCAUAACCAUAACCCGAAGUCCAAAUCCAAAUACACUCAUAAGAAUACUUCAUCUACUUCAACUACAAGAAAGACUUCCAAAUAUAAAUAUACUAAAGAAAUGGGAUCUAUUCCCAAUAAAAAUUCUUCACUUUCCAAUAGAAAUUCAUUUAUUUCUCAUAUAAAGGAUUCCAAAUCACCCAAUUUAGAAAGAGUCCCCACUAUUGAAAGUGUAAGUUCUAUGCAUCUUUCAUCAUCUGCAUCUUCGAUUUUCUCAACGAAAAACCAAAGUCGUCAUCGUAAUCACAACCAACCAAAGCCUCAUCCAAAUAAGAAAAGCUCCAAAUCUUCUUUAAAGAGAUCAAAUGCUAUUAAAUGUAAAGGCGGGUUAUUAUAUUAUUUUUCAUUAUUAGGUAUUAAAUUGAAAAAAUUAUUAAAAGCUAUUGGUAUGGCAUUCAAUUUCAAUAGAAGAUCUAAACAUAACUCUAAAUCGAAUUUACAUGGUAAGAAUUCGAAAUCAAAUUUAAUUAAUUCUUCAAGAAGAUCUGCUUCUUUAAAUCAUAACUCCAAAAAAUUAUCAUUAUCUUUAAAGAAACCAACCACGUCUCAUUUGAAAAGAACUCAAAAUUACGUUACAAAUUUACAAAAAUCUAUUUCUCAAAAAUCUUUGGAAAAUGUUAUUGAAUCAAAUGAUAUCACUCCAAUGACAAUUGAUAAAUCAAUGCAAACUUCAGUCUCUUCUAUAUCAACUAUAUCUUCAUCACCUGAAUUGACACCUUUCGAAGUACCCAAUGAAAUUGUUACAAAACAACCUACAAAUUCUAAAAAAAUAACUGCAUCUUCAUUAAGACGUACAAAUUCCUCCAUUAGAAGAGCUGCAUCUACUUUAACUGAUUCUACAAAUAUUAAAAACCAUAAUUCCAUUAGAACAAAUACUCAUACUUCAAUUAGAAGUACUAGUCAUUCAAAUUCAAAUUUUGUUUCUAAUGAAGCCUUAACAAGAAAUAAUAGUAUUACUUCUACUCCAAAACAAUCCAAUCUUGUUAGAUCUUCUCCUUCUAUUGCUUUGAAUUCUAUCGUAAGACAACCUUCUAUAAUUGCAAGACAACCUUCUAUUGUAGUUAAAAAUAAAGUUAUUCCAUUAACUAUUUCUAGAUUCUCUAUUACUGAAGAAUUAAAUGAAGAUGAUGAUGAGUUGAACAAUUAUAAUUAUAAAAAUGAAACUAGCAUUGCAGAAGAAAGUGAAUUAGAAAAUGGUAAUGAUGAAUAUAUUAUUGAUACAAAUAUCAUGCAACAAUUUGACCAUUCCAAAUCAAUUAAUAAAAACAAUAAAGAUGAUGUUGAAAGUUUUAUUUCAAAUGAAUCUGAAUUCAUUGAUGCAAACGAAUAUACAAAGGAAGUUGCAAAAGAUGAUGAUUUCCAUUCUAUUACAAGUUCAAAUGAUUAUUUACAUGAAGAAAAAGCUCAAGAAGUUGAUACAGAGACUGAAGAAGAAGAGGAAGAAGAAGAAGAAGCUCCUCAAUAUACCGAAGAGGAAAAAAUUAAACUAAGAGAAAUGUAUGGUCAAUAUUUGAGAAACGUAAUUGCUCAACGCAUCAAGAUUAGAUUACAAUUGAGUAAAUAUCAAGAAACUGGUAAAAUUUCGUAUUUACAAGCUAUAGACAACUUUUUAACAGAAAAUGAAACUGAAUAUAGUUCGUCUCAAUUAUUCGAUAAUAACGAAUCACCACAAUCCUCUAUGCCAAGUGAAUUAGAAGAUGUGGAAGAAACUGAUGAGGAAAAAUUGCAAAAGAAACAAACCCCAAAGAUUUCAAAUUCGCAAAUGUUCUCUUACCAAAACUAUGAUAAUUUCAGCAAGUCCGGGUCUUUGAAAAACAAAGCUUCAGUCAUAACUUUCCAAACUCCAUUCUAUUCCAAGGAAAAUGGGAAUAAUACAAGUGUAUUCUCUUUACCAUCUUCAACAUCAGUCCAAAGAUCUCUUACAUUACCUGUCGGUAUUAAAGUGUAA